ACGUGCUUGCAGCACCGAACAAACAGACAAGCUCUCGUUGUAUGUAAACUGUGAGGAAGCCAAGCUUGGGUAGACAUCGCUUGCAGUUGUAGUUUAGCAGUGGAGAGAUGCCCCAACACGGAUUUCAUCGGUGGAGAACUGCUGCACUUACUUGAUAACACAAAAAACCCAAGAACAUUUAGAUUUUCUCCAUCCAAGAGCGAUGGCGGAAAUUUUAGUUGGAUUUUUUAUUUGUCUCCUAGCAGCAGUUCCAACCAUCCAGGAUGAUGGGAAUAUAACCAGUCCCACAAACAGAACCAAAGUGGAUCCAAAAUCUUUCAAAGGCAAGACAUACCAACAUAAUCUGACCAAGCAGCUGUCUAUCAGCCUGCAUCCCAGUGGAGACCCCUGGCUGGAUGUGGAUACAGACGAUGCUGCGGCAGCAUACACUACAGGGAUUUUAAGCACCUGGAUUCUUCCAUUCGCCUACAUGCUAGCUAUGGUUGUGGGUAUCCCCUCCAACGCCUACAUUCUUGCUUUUCUCAGGGUGAGACUUCGAACCAAGUCCUUGUCCACAGUUGUGCUUUAUCUGAACCUGGCCUUGUCUGACCUGCUGCUCCUGCUCUCCCUGGCACUACGUGUUCACUACCAUUUUAGCGGAAAUAACUGGGUAUUUGGGGAAAUCUCGUGCAGACUGAUGACAGCCUUGUUUUAUGGCAAUGUCUACUGCUCAGCGCAAACUAUAGCAUGCAUCAGUCUGAAGCGCUACCUGGCUGUGGUUAAGCCCUUCUUGUACAGGAGGCUGGCCAAGACAGCACUAGCAGCGUGGGCAUGCCUCAUCGUGUGGUUCCUAUUCGGGGCAGCUAUUGUUCCAGAGCUCAUGGUUAGGCAAAGCUAUUGGCUCGCUCAGAUGGGCGUCACCACCUGUCACGAUGUGCUUCCCCUUGAAGAAAAAUCCCAUUCACUGUUGGUGCCAUACAGACUGAUGCUGGUUUGUCUGGGCUUUGUAGGUCCCUUUCUAAUUUCACUCUUUGCACAGGCAUCAGUGGUAUAUCACCUUGGACAAUCUGGAUGUGACUGGAGACCUUUCAUCAGAGUCAGUACUCUGGUUUUCCUUAUCUUUGUGGUGUGUUUUUUGCCCAGCGGCAUCCUGCACAUUGCGCACUACGUCUGCCUGUUUUACAGCGGGGAUGACAAACUGUACGGAUACUACAGAGGAGCUGUAUGUCUCUGCUGCUUCCACAGUUGUUUAGACCCCUUCCUGUGUUUGCUCCUUUCUAAAUCGGCUACAUCAGAGUUAGAAUUCAUCUCCGUCCGGAGGAUCCCAGAAAGGCUGGCUGUUAUGAUAUGUGAAUGAUUGUGUGCAAAAAGAAGGCGUUGCCUUGCGGGACCAUUGUUGGAACACAGCAGGGAAGCAUAACUUCAGAAACACACUGCAGACACUAACUGGAAACCGGGAAAUAAAAAAAUUGAAAAGAGCUGUAACAACGUGUACAGCAUUAAGGCAGUAAUACGCAGCAUUGUAAUUAAUGUUGUUGAUACACUUUUAAGUAUGUGUACAUUAUAAUCAACUGUCAGACAUCAAUCAAUAAACUAAAAGACAAGAGGUGAA